UUCGCGGAAACCAAAACAACAACAAACUCCACUGUUUACAUUCACUGGCUAGCCAAAUUUACCCUUAAAAAAGCGUGAAAUUGAACGGCAAACUUUACUUAAACCGUUUAGAAACACAUCUACAAUGGAAAGUGAAACAACGAAACCGGCGUUCAAGAAGAAAAAUCUGUCCGAAGUGAACCCCAUCAUGGGGAAGAAACGACAGUGGAAAUCCUUGAAGCAGAUUUUAGCUCACGAAAAGACACUGCCCUGGAAGGAAUCGGACAUAACCUAUUCGUCUGUAAAUGCACCACCAUCUCUGAAGCCGGCUAAGAAGUAUUCCGACAUUUCCGGACUGAUUGCACCGUACACGGAUCCACACUCGAAGCUGCGGUACCACAACGUGGAAGAGUACCAAACGAUUCGCACCUUUCCGAUGGAUCUCACUGCCGGUUAUCUCGCACUGAGAGGUGCUACCAGUAUAGUUUAAACAGCCAAAAUAGGAAAAUAGACCGGUCCAACAGCACGCACUCACAUCA